GCGAUUGUGGAUCAGAUUCGCAGUCGAGGUCCGCGGGUCUCGAGUUCCAGUCGACGACUCUCGCAUCGUGCGCCAGAUUGAUUCUCCAUGCAGUGAGGCAAUUCGCUGCUGCUGCUGCGGGAGUAAUGCAAGUGUUCAAGAGUGUGAUUGAGCACACGUCUUCAGAAAGCUAUCAUUCUUACCACUGAAGCAACUGACAGUGGUGGAUUGAUAGAGGGAUCGAGCGUGGAGAACAGUUUCGAAGUUGCGAACGAGCGUUGAACAUCUGAGUCAAGCGGGAGUGCUGGUUGGAGGGUUUGGAGGACUUAAAGAGGAGGCGGUGUGGGACAAGGAUGUGAGGAUAGAGGCAGGGGAAAUUUCUGUUCUAUUGGACCGUGGUGGUGGAAUCUCGGGCACGGAUGCAGAGUUGGAUGUACUAACGCAGGGAAUUGGCAUCUAGAGCUCUUGAAGGACGACAAACGUCUGGAGGUUAAUCUUCUUGUCAUGAACGGAGGGUGGGAUAAAGUUAGGUUGGUAGAAUAGAUUGUAAGAAUACACUUUCUGGAUUUUAUUAUAUACUCAGUCCAGUAGUAACAGAAAUGGCUGCGCACACGGCGGCAGCAGCUCUUUGCCAUGAGGUCGCCGGAGUGGCGUCAAGUGCGCAGGGUAGUGCACAAGGAGUUCACACCCCUGUUCUGGCCAGGACACUGUCAGUGCAACAAUCCUCAUAUUUCAGCUCAUCCCCAUCCGUAAGGCAGCAAUACAAUGGAUUGCACCGAUCGUCCAGUGCGGACCUCUCGAGUUACCAUAAUCGCUCGGGCUCGGGAGGGAUGUGGAGUGCCGUAGAUCGGGGAACAAGCAAUGAGCGCAAACGUCGAGGGGAUGUUGUGAACGCUACCGCCAUGUUGGGGGGAAUGCUUGGCGGGCUUUUUAAGGGUGAGGAUUUAGGAGAGAAAACUCGGCAGGAGUACAAUGGGUUGGUGAACAAGGUCAAUAGCCUGGAGCCUGAAUUGGCGAAGCUCUCCGAUGAUCAGUUAAGGGAAAAUACCACGAUUUUGAAGGAGCGGGCGCAGGGAGGCGAAUCCCUGGACUCUCUUCUUCCUGAAGCCUUUGCACUAGUCCGAGAGGCUUCGAAACGAGUUCUUGGUCUUCGACCUUUCGAUGUCCAGCUCGUCGGAGGAAUGGUGCUGCACAAGGGCCAAAUUGCCGAAAUGAGGACUGGUGAAGGAAAGACUCUAGUUGCCGUGUUACCUGCGUUUCUGAAUGCCCUCUCAGGCCAAGGAGUGCAUGUGGUCACUGUGAAUGACUACUUAGCUCGGCGUGAUUGUGAGUGGGUUGGUCAGGUCCACCGAUUUCUUGGCCUCAAAAUUGGCCUAAUUCAACAGGGUAUGAGUCCACAAGAGAGGCGCGAUAACUACGGCUGUGAUGUAACAUACGUGACCAACAGUGAGCUCGGCUUCGACUUCCUUCGAGAUAAUCUUGCCACUAGCAAAGACGACCUUGUGCUUAGGGGCUUCAAUUUUUGUGUGAUAGACGAGGUGGACUCUAUAUUGAUUGACGAAGCAAGAACUCCGUUGAUCAUAUCCGGAUCCGCUGAGAAGCCCAGCGAGAGAUAUUACAAAGCUGCCAAAAUUGCGGGAGUGUUUGUGCGAGAUACACAUUAUACUGUUGACGAGAAGCAAAAGUCUGUUCUUUUGUCGGAGCAAGGAUAUGAGGCCGCAGAAGAAAUUUUGAACUGCAAAGAUCUAUAUGAUCCACGUGAACAGUGGGCUUCUUACCUGAUCAAUGCCAUCAAAGCCAAGGAGCUAUUUCUCAAAGAUGUGAACUACAUCAUUCGGAAUAAGGAAGUCAUGAUCGUGGACGAAUUUACCGGUCGUGUCAUGCAGGGAAGGAGAUGGAGUGAUGGUCUGCAUCAAGCUGUUGAAGCGAAGGAGAAAAUGCCAAUCCAAAACGAGUCAGUUACUCUGGCCUCCAUCAGUUAUCAAAACUUCUUCUUGCAGUAUCCCAAGCUAUGCGGGAUGACAGGAACUGCAGCUACUGAAGUGGAAGAAUUUGGGAAAAUCUACAAGCUGAAAGUGACCGUUGUUCCUACAAAUAGGUCAAUGGUCAGAAAGGACGAAUCAGAUGUUGUCUUUAGGACUGUAAAUGGGAAGUGGCGAGCUGCUGUGGUCGAGAUCUCAAGGAUGCACAAGACCGGUAGACCUGUUUUGGUAGGAACCACCAGCGUCGAGCAGAGUGAGGCUCUUUCACAGCAGCUACGGGAUGCCGGUAUUCUCCACCAGGUUUUGAACGCUAAGCCAGAGAAUGUAGAGAGAGAAGCAGAGAUAGUUGCCCAGAGUGGAAGGGUUGGAGCAGUUACCAUCGCCACUAACAUGGCUGGUAGAGGUACUGACAUUAUCCUUGGAGGAAAUGCGGAUUUUAUGGCUAAAUUGAAGCUGCGAGAGUUGCUCAUGCCCAGGGUUGUCCGGUUGAGUGACGAAGAGAUUCCAUUUCAGAAGAAUGCAAAGUUACCGCCAAGGAAGACAUGGAAGGUAACAGCGAGCCUGUUUCCUUGUGAUCUUUCGAAUAGUACGAUAUCUAUGGCCGAAAAUGCUGUGGACGUGGCUGUGAAAGCUUGGGGAGAGAAGUCACUGUCGGAGCUUGAAGCAGAAGACAGGUUGUCUUAUGCCUCCGAGAAGGGCCCUACUGAAGAUCAUGUGAUCUUGGCACUUCGUGAAGCUCUACAAGCUAUAACCGCAGAGUUCAAGGCAUAUACCGAGGAAGAGCGGAAACAAGUGGUCGCUGCUGGGGGCCUUCAUGUUGUCGGUACUGAGCGGCAUGAGUCUCGUCGUAUCGAUAACCAGCUGCGUGGUCGUAGUGGAAGACAGGGAGAUCCCGGAAGUUCACGCUUUUUUUUAAGUCUCGAAGAUAAUAUAUUCCGUAUUUUUGGAGGAGAUCGGAUUCAGGGGUUGAUGAAGGCCUUCAGAGUGGAGGACUUACCUAUUGAGUCCAAAAUGCUCACCAAAGCUCUCGAUGAAGCUCAAAAGAAAGUUGAGAACUAUUUUUUUGAUAUCAGGAAACAGCUAUUUGAGUAUGACGAAGUUUUGAACAGCCAGAGGGACCGUGUGUACAGCGAACGCAGACGCGCUUUAGAAUCUAAAGAUCUUGAGGGCUUGAUGCUUGAGUAUUCGGAGUUGACCAUGGACGAUAUACUGGAGGCCAAUGUUGAUCCUGCCCUGCCCAAAGCGGAGUGGAAUCUGGAAUCGCUAGUCGCGAAAGUGAAGCAGUACUGUGCCCUUUUGGAGGAUUUGACCGCAGAACAUCUGUUGGAGAAGUGCACAACUUAUGACAGCUUGCGUGAUUACUUGCAAGUUCGUGGUCGUGAUGCUUACCUGCAGAAAAAGGCGGAGGUGGAGAAAAAGGUACCAGGCCUGAUGCAAGAGGCAGAGAGGUAUUUUGUGUUGACACAAACAGACAAUCUCUGGAAAGAGCACUUGCAAGCUUUAAAAUUUGUACAACAAGCUGUCGGACUACGGGGAUAUGCCCAGAGGGACCCACUGAUCGAGUACAAGCUGGAGGGAUACAACCUCUUCUUGGAAAUGAUGGCACAGAUCCGGCGCAAUGUCAUCUAUUCAGUCUAUCAGUUUCAACCUGUAAUGGUGGAGGGAUCAGGUCCGGUAAGUGGUUCAAAGGGUGCAAAAGGGAAAACAGGUAAUGGCGCCACAGCUGAGGUAUCCAAAGGUGAGAAACCCAAGGAGAAUGCAGGAAAAUCUGCAACCAUACAGGGAAGACUGUAGCUCUUGUCCCAAGUAAGUCUUUUAUUAUUCUAUUCUUCGACAUAAUCAAAACUAGUUAGUUGAGUUAUGUCACGGCUAUUGACCUCAAAAAGGUAUGAAAGUGAGUAGUUUAUCUGUCAGUAUCUGCAGUGUUUUGAUACUCGUAGUAACCACUGCAUGUACAUUAGCACUGCAUGGGUUUGUUAGUGCACCAGAGUAGAUAAAGAAUUUUCAGGAGUCCAAUAGGGACCUUCCUGACAAUGUAUUCAUGUAUAACAUCUUCAUUAGGUGCUUUGUAUUAAGCUGGGAACCCAAGGUUCCUCUUGAUAUAUUUAUUUUCUCCUUCUCGAGAGUAAUGACUUAG